AUGGGAAUAUUUUCAAACAAGAUUUCUAGGGAGGAGCUCCACCCUGGAGAUCACAUCUAUGCUUAUAGAAGCCGGCAUGCAUACUCCCACCAUGGUAUAUUUGUUGGGAACGAUAGGGUGAUUCAUUUCACUUCAACAGAUGAACCAAAAAGUAGUAGCUCAUCGACAGUGCCUCCAUGUGGAAACUGCGGGCAUGACCCAAACACAAAACGGGGAGUGCUGAGAACCUGCAUCGAUUGCUUCCUAAAAGACCACAACCUGCUUCGCUUCGAAUACGAGGUCUCUCCACUACACUUCAUAUUCAAACAAAAAGGAACUUGCAGUACUAAGCGUUGCUAUUCAAACGAUGAAAUUGUAUGUCGUGCCACCGAGAUUUUCAACAAAGAUAAGGUUCAUGGGAAGGGGUUUGGUGACUACGACUUGUUUAAAAACAACUGCGAAAACUUUGCCAGUUACUGCAAAAGAGGCACGCCCGUGAGCGAGCAGGCUCGCAAGGCAAUGGGUAUUGCAGAUGCAUCCUUGGGCACCAAUACUCCAUCCACAUCUACUUCCAAGACUGCUAUGUUUCUUUCUAUUUUUGCUUCCAAGUCGUCUUAA